AUGCUCGCUCAUCGCAAUACUCAAUUCCCAGAAGAAGCAAAACAGGCAGCAGCGACCAAGAAAGCGUCGAAUGUGUUUGCUACGAAAAAGGACGCCAUUUACUCUGACGCUAGGAAACGAGGGGCUGAAAUCUCGCAGAGUGGAACGCAGCACAUAGAAGAAGCAAAGGAACGUCUCAGAGCUAUGAAGGCUCAGGAAAUCACCUUGGACAAACAUUCUCUGCAGUAUGAAUCCUUAACUCGCCAUGAAGCCUUUGAAAGUUUCCGCGACGCAUAUCCUCCUUUGUUUAGGGAACUGGGACCGCGUCGGUCGGAGACGAUAGAGGCGGCGAGCCGGGCUGUUAAAAGCAACAAAGGCCGCAGAGAUAAUGCAAUGCAGCAAGUGUUUCGCGACGCUGGAGCAAGGAUUCGUGAGGCAAAGGAGAACGAGAAGGUCAAUACGGACGCAUCCGCGUUGAGGAAGCAUUUGAAAUUAUUGCUCAGAUUCUAG